CCAAAAAAAUAAUUGCAAAUACUUUCCCUACAAGAAUAGAGGGCUAUUGCACUUGCUUGAAGGAAAGAACCCUUGUAGUUUCUCUAUUUGUCGCUUACCCACAAAAAUUCUUGCAGUGGGGCAAAUCCCAGAUCUUUUCCUAUGGUUAUAUGGGAUUCCAGAGAAUUUACUUGAUACAUAUGUUUAUCAUGGAUGUCAAGGUCUGCCUGUUUCUUGUCAUACUCGGUGUUGUGUGUUGUACUGCUAGAGAAUUAGCAGCCCCUGACCUCCUUAUUAAAGAAAAAACUGAGGAUGUUUCAGGUAACGUACAGGCACAGAGACAACUUCAGCCUCUGAAAGAUGCCAGCGGUAGUAAAGGAUUAUGCACAUUGUGUGAAGAAUAUACUGCUACUGCACUUGGUUACCUUGCUAAUAACAAGACCCAGGCAAAGAUACUUGGCCUACUUCUCCAGACCUGUUCGCAGAUGCCAAUGUACAAGCACGAGUGCACUGCCCUGGUGGAUCAAUAUGUUCCUCGCUUCUUCUCAGAGAUCUCCACUAUAAAACCUGAUGACGUUUGCCAAAAGGUUGACCUUUGUCAGGAAGUGGUUUCCAUCUCUCAACAGUUCUCCCAGAAUGGCUGUGACUUAUGCCAUCAAGUGGUUACAGAGACACUCUCGAAAUUGAAAGAUCCCGACACUCAGUUAGACAUACUUGAGUUGCUCCUGAAGGCAUGUGGAUCUGUUGAAAAAUAUGCUAAUAAGUGCAAGAAAAUGGUAUUCGAAUAUGCACCAGUGAUCCUCAUUAAUGCGGAACAUUUUCUGGAGAAAAAUGACGUAUGCACUAUUCUGCAUGCCUGUGAGCCUGCUGUUGGUAAAGAGGAAGCAUUACCAGAGAUGCAAAGUUCAUUGCAUUCUGCCUCUUAAGAAAGACGGUUGUUGAGCCUUGCUUUGGUUGUAUGUAAACAAACAAUUGGAUGCCAUCUUUAAGUUUGUGCCUUGUUUGUGUAUAAUGUGUAAAAUUGAAGUGCAAACUUCGUCAUGUUUAUAUACAAUGAUGUUUGUGGGAAAAGCUCAAUUUAAUAAAAGUUACACUGUUGUUCUUUGA